AUGGAAGAACAAGCAGCAAAGCUAAGACCCCAGCUACGGCUUCAAGUAUCUAAUCGAAGGGAAGCUAUUGUACGGAUAGCCCAGAAACUAGUAGCUGCUCCGUCACCAUGCCCCCCAGGGAAUACCGCAUUAGCAGCUAUAGUUGCCAUACAACUGCUCGAAGAAGCCGUCCCAGACGUUCAGAUAACCCGCUAUGUAACUGGCGCGGGAAUUGUGAAUGUAGUUGCAUGCAUCUCGAGCGGUCGCCCUGGUAAGCGACUUGUUUUUAAUGGACACCUUGAUACAUUCCCCCUUGGUGAGGAGCUGAAGUGGACUGUGCCGCCAGCACGUGGUGUGGUAAAAGAUGGCCGCCUUUACGGGCGUGGCGUCUCUGAUAUGAAAGGCGGAAUCGCAGCAUCCAUCGUCGCAGCUACGAUCUUGUCAGAAAAUCGAAAUGCCUGGUCUGGUGAGAUUGUACUUACUCUUGCUGGGGAUGAAGAAUCCAUGGGCAAACAGGGCACCAAGUGGCUGCUAGACCACGUUGAAAAGGCAACGGGAGAUGUUAUGAUAUGCGGCGAUGCCGGAUCACCCAGAGUUAUCCGCUUUGGAGAAAAAGGGUUUGUCUGGGUUGAUAUCGAAGCUGUUGGCACCCCUGCUCACGGAGCGCAUGUCCAUCGAGGUGUGAAUGCCAUCGAUCGUCUGCGAAAGGCGCUGGAUGCGGUGUAUGAGCUUGAAAAGGUCACAAUGAAUGCACCACCAGCGGUAUCAGAUGCCAUCGAUGCUGCAAGGGAUAUAUCCGAAGCGCUUUCAGGCUCCGGUGAAUCAGAUACUUUGCAGCGUAUCACCGUGAACACGGGCACAAUCAAGGGAGGCGUAUCCCCGAAUCUAGUCCCGAGCUCUGCAAUGGCCCAAUGUGAUAUCCGUAUACCAGUGGGCGUAUCAACGGAAUUUAUAGAAAAAAGAUUGAAUGACAUGCUUGGGCCGAUGGCAGGAAUAUCCUGGCGUAUUCUACGGACAUCCGAGCCAAACUACACAUCUCCGAACGAGGAGAUAUGUCGAUUAGCUGAAAUGGUAUCAGCAGAAGUCCUAGGUCAGCAAGCUGUUUGCAAUAUGCGGGUCGGAGCGUCAGAUUCGCGCUGGUAUCGUGCUGCCAAUGUGCCGACUGUCGUUGUAGGAUGCACACCAAACAAUAUGGGCGCCGCAGAUGAGUACGUCGAAAUAGACGAGCUCGUUAACAUCUCGCAGAUUCACACGAUUGUUGCAUACGAGUUUUUGAAGAACAACGCAUAA